AUGCCCAGUAUUGUCCACCCAGUCAUCCUGCUGAUGGCCUUGCUGGCGGUAACAGGGAAUCAAGCAUCACUACCCAAGACCACACAGUGGCCAUGAUUGAAACCCACUAAAAAGCCUCUGCCUCGAGAUGAAGGGGGUCCUCCACAGCCUCUCGGCCGCUUGGGGUCCCAUCCGAUCACUACCACUGUGAGCCCUACCGCCAGUGGCAUCACAGAAGAAGUCACAGACUCCAUUAUGGACGCUUACUCUUCUUCCCCCACUGAAAGCACCACCUACUCAAGUGAUGCUUAUUCUGCUGACUAUCACACAGAGGCCAUGGUUCCUCCCGUCAGCCCAGGGAACUACACAUUGGACUACAAUGAGUGCUUUUUCAACUUUUAUGAGUGCUGUCCACCAGAGAGAGGUCCUCAAGGACUGGUGGGAGAAGACGGCCUGCAAGGUAUUCCGGGGGAAAAUGGGGAGAUGGGGCCUCCUGGACCUCCAGGCCACGAUGGACUCACUUGUGCUCAGGGACCUCAUGGAGGAAAAGCUCUUUAUAAUGAAAUGGUCCUCAAAGGAGACAAAGGUUUAACCGGGCUGAGAGGAGACCCUGGGGACAUGGGACAGCCCGGCUGGAACAGCACAAAGGGAGAUGUAGGCGAGGGAGGGAGGGAGACAGCUGGGCCCCCCGGACCAGAUGGCAUCAAGGGGGAGAAGGGUGACAGAAGAGACUGUCCAUUUGGAGAAAAAGGACAGAAAGGCAGUAUGGGGGAGCUAGGGACUCAAGGGCCAAAAGGAGACAUGGGUGUGCCAGGUCUGAACAGCACAGAUGGGCUUCGUGGAGCCAAGGGUUCAUGGGGAGACCAAGGUAAGCAGGGAGAGCCUGGUCCUCCAGGCCCCCAUGGACCACCAGGGCAGAGGGGGAUACCAGGGAUAAAAGGCACACAAGGCCUGAAGGGAGCACGAGGUGUUAGGGGAUUCAAGGGCUUUAAGGGUGAACCUGCUGUUCAGAAGCGCUCAGCCUUCAGCGUUGGUCUCUUUCCCAGUCGAUCGCUCCCAUCACCUGGCCUGCCAAUCAAGUUUGACAAAGUCAUUCACAACAAGGAGGCUCAAUGGGACCAUGCCAGUAAGUUCAACUACACUCAUGGGGGAGUUUACGUCCUUUCCUACUACAUAACAGUGCGUAAUCGCCCCCUACAUGCAGCCGUGAUGGUGAACGACAUUCAAACUCGCGACUCCCUUUACAGCCAGGACAUUGACCAGGCCUCCAACAUGGCAGUGCUGCUUCUGUCAUCUGGAGACCAGGUCUGGCUGUUAACACUGCGGGACUGGAACAGUGUUCAUUCUAGCAGCGAGGACGACAGCAUGUUCUCUGGAUUCCUGCUCUAUGCCGAUGCCACCGAGGACUGAUGGCAAGAAAUCACUGACCUCUGGAUGAACCAUUUUAGACCACUAACAGUAACUACACAGCCACUUAUUAUUAUGCUGCCUGUUUCAUGGAC